CGGAUGCCCACCACCACCAUUAGUGCCACGACCAUACCAUCGCCAGCUUCAAAUCCAACCUCCUUCUUACCCAAGAGCAUGAAGCAUACCAAAACCGAAUUCAAGGCUGACCAAGUCUACGUUUCUCAUCCUUACGUGGUUACUUUCUCGGGGGAAGCGACAAAUAUCUACGAAAUUGAAUCAUCAGGACUACAGCAUAUCACCUCUCUCUCCGAGCCAGUCACUGACUACCUUCCACAAAAUUCUGUCAUAGUCGAUCCUUCCCGUGAUGCCCUCAUUAUCGCUGGGAAGAGGGUCUACGCCUUCAACCUUCACGAUGGUCAACUCCAAAAUACCAUUGGACUCUUCGGCACGUCACAUGGUCCUACUAUUUAUGACCGCGGUCGAGUGUUGGUCACCCUCUCAGAUGACACAGAAGAAGACGAAGAAGAAUGCUGGAUUUUGGCCUGCAACCCAUUCGACUUGGAACCUGCAGGCUACUCGUUCCUCACUGAAAUCCGAGUUGCACGCACCGAAACCUUUAUGCACUACCACCUCGUCCACUCUUCAGCGGAAUACGGAGUCGUAGUCGGCCAACACACAUCCAAAACUCAACAACCUCUUAUCCUCCACUACUGGAGCCCUGAAGGUCAACCCUACGACGACUCUCUUCCCCCCAUUUAUACCGUUGAAAUCCCUAUGACUCUCGAAUGUGCAGAAAGCAUUAUAGCCGACUACGCCGCUUCCAUCGACGACGACUGUUUUGCUCUUGCCACCCUCGAAACCGUUCUCGGCAGUCCAGACGCACCAGGAACACACCAAACCGUCGUCCGCACCCAUCAAUUACCAACCCUCGAAACCCUCUGGGAGUCUCAACCCGUCGAUGGGCGAUUAAUUCACUUUUAUCACCUCCCAGCGGAGGGUAUUAUCCUAGCCAUCGGAUCUCUUGUCGAGUGGGAGGAUUCUUCCAAUCCAGAUAACAUUGGCUAUGGUACGUGGAUACUCGCGUUGGACGUCGAAAAUGGAGAACGAAAGCAGUUUGCGAAGUUGAAUCAUCGGAAGAUCGGGAAGGAGUUGGUUGAGUGCGAUAUUACUACUUGCGUCGCGGAGGACGGAGAGAUUAUUGUUUCGGAGGACCCCAAUCUCGUGUUUAUUUCGUCCGUUGGGGAUAUCGCGACGCUCCCGUUCUCCAAGUUUUUGGAUGAAGGUUUGUCUUCGGAUACGUUCAGUAGAUUGCAUGAAACAUGCCAUUCUUCCGGUCUACAACUUAAAGACAUACCGCGGUUAACUGUGACCAAAAGAGCGAGUGUUGGAGACGGAUCUGCUGCAGUGUUGGACGAUGACGGUUUCCUUUCGAUUUUCACCUGGUAAACGGUGCGUUCGC